AUGUAUUUUAACAAAACUUUUAUCACAACAAUCCUUAUUCGAUCUUUACUAACGGAGUCCAAUGAAUCAUGGUUAGCAACGAUUAAUCAUACAAGGUCAAUUGAGCAUGUGAGAAAGAACAUCCCACGUCCUCUUCUCCAGCGUAGACUGGACAAGACCUUGAAAGUUGAAACCCAAGCUGCAGUUCUUUCAGGACCGGGUCUCACUGGCUCCGACCUGGGUAACUUCAUUUCCAAGCAUUCUCAUUUCUUGUGUUACAGCUUGGAGAAAACGGUGAGACCUUGUGUUGAUAUUAUCAAGAAAGCCCUGGUAAACGAUAGAAACAAUCAGGAUUUGAUUCGGGUUCUGCGGAGGCCCUAUUGGGUCACCGCGAAACCGGUAUCGAGGUUGAGAUGUAACAUUGCCUUCUUGGAGAGCUGUGGCAUCGUUGAGCCCCAGCUAGCAAUACUUCUGAGGACCCGGCCUUGGCUUUUCUUUUUGCAGGAGCCGGCUCUCAGGAACCUGGUUUCGAGGGUUGUGGACAUGGGUUUUCCGAUUGGUUCUAGGAUGUUGGUUCAUGCUUUGUUUACUGUUAGUGGGAUGAGUGGUGAGACCUUUAGUAGGAAGAUUGAGUUGUUUCAAACUUUUGGGCUUUCAGAGGAUGAGUUUAGUUGGCCUACUUGUUUGUCGUACAGCAUGGGGAAGAGAAUCAUCCCUCGGUACAAAGUUUUACAGCUUAUAAAGCGCAAGAGGCCGUUAGAGAAGGAGCCAAGUUUACUUAACGUAUUGGAUUAUUCGGAAGAGGAGUUUCUAGAGAAAUUGGAAUAUAGGUUUAGGGAUGAUGCAAAGGAACUUUUGGUGGCUUACAAGGGCAUCACUUUGGAUUCUUGA